AGGUCAUCACACUUUCUCCUUGUAGACGCCAUUGCCAUGGCCUGCUGGGUUGUAAAUUUGUUUUUGUAAGCAAGUUUUGUAACGAACAAAACAUUUUGUGAUGAGGUAGUGUGCUAUCAAGUAGGCUGUGAUAUAAUGUCAAUUUUAUCGUUUGGAUCUCUAAAAAAUCAGGAAUUUAAAUAUACACGAAAUGGCGCAUCUACCUCAAUCUGAAAGCGCCUAUCACGUGUUCGCUCAAAAAUACAUUGAAAGAUGCAAACAAGUGCAAAAGCUGGCAAACAUGCAUCCCACAUACCAACAGCAAACGUUUCCUGCUUACAAAAAACCACCUUCAGUUAUAGUACUAGAUGACGACACUCCACAAGAGGACGACACCAAUAAUACUGAAACUUCCAGUCGUCUUCUGGAAUUAUUAGUGAACGAUUCUACAAGUGACGAUCCAAAUACAAAUCUACAAAAAGGUUGUUCAUAUCGGGAAGAGUCGACGGAUCUUCAUAUUACAGGCGUAAGCGUUUUGAGAGAGUGGAUUGACAUCAGUGAAUUAGAUCUUCAGAGACAUGUGAAUUUGGACGUUGUGGAAGCACAGAGACGUUGCAGUACUGAAACCAUUCCUAGUAAAAAUAGCCCUAGAACUAGAAUCCCUCAACCAAACGAAUUAUACAAUAAAAGAAGAGAAGAGAGGAAUCAUAACGUUGUGUCAACUACGACGGAAAAAGAAGAUUCGUCGAAAAGAAAAAAAGUCGCUUCUGAGAAUGAAGAAAGCUGUAGUAAAGCUGUCACAGUUGAAACACCUCAUUUAGUUACUAAUCAAAGAAAAGAAGAUGAUGUGAGAGUGUUGAGAAGUCGUGAUAGACAUAGCUUGACCAGAAAAGAAGAUUCACCGAAAAAACGAAGAACUAGAAAAGAGAUGAGAUUCACUUUUGAAGACGGCGAAGAUAGCUGUCACGAACCUGAUGAAGACUGGGUGGAAAUGGGUGAGGAUGAAGAUAGCGACGAAGUUGAAACUGAUUUAACAAACGUGAAAGAAAAAUCAAUAAAACGAAGAAAGAAGGUGAAAGUGAGGCGAAACCAAAGACGGAAAAGUGGAAUACAGGAAACCAGAAACAGUAUUUUAAGUGAAGGAACGAAAAUCCAUGAUGACGUAUCAAAGGACCAAAUAGACGUAUCUGAAGAUGCAUUUAAUUGUGACGAAAACAGUCAAACAACUAUAGAAGAAACAACACAAGACAAUCAAGAACCUACCAUUAUUGAAACAAAAAUAGAUGUGUCUGAAAGUAUCCUCCAAGACGAACACGGCGAACACUCCAUAGAUACAGAAGAAUCCAAACAAAGUUCUUCAAACGAAAACGAACCCGUUGAAGAAAAACAACCAAUUCUAGAAACGAAGAUGGAUGUUUGUGACAAGAUCAUGGACCAAGACAAAAAAGAAAAAGAAAAAAUUCCGGUGAUGGAGUUGCAGCCACCGAUAGAAGAAAACGCGAAGCCUGAAGAUCCAGAAGUCGAAAUAUUGGGCGAUAACUGGGCCGACGUUGACGUAGUAGAAGUGAUAAGUUCCGAAGAAGAAGAAACCACUCAGAAAGAAAACGAAGGAAGAUACAAAUGCGAACAAUGCUCCUACAAGACCAACUGGAAAAGCAACUUAAGCAAACACAUAGUCAGCAGACAUCAAACUUCUUCCGAAAUCAAAUGGUUUGAAUGUGCACAUUGUCCCUAUCGCGGAAAAACAAGAGAGUACCUCCGUUCCCAUCUGCGACAAUCCCAUGAGCAGUUCAUCACGUGGUACAACUGCAACAAGUGCCAUCUCAAAUUCAAGGCCAAACAAUUCCUCGAGUAUCACGUUUUGGCGGUUCACACCGCUCCCGAAGAUAUCCAGUGGUUCAGAUGUGACGAAUGCGAUUUCAAAUGUAGAGUGAAAAUUCGGCUGAAAGAGCACAAAUUGAAUAAGCACACGAGUCUGGAUGAAAUCAAGUGGCACAGGUGUAAGGUGUGUAAUUAUAAAGGGAAGACGCAGAAGUCGUUGAGUAGGCACGAGAAGAAUAAACACGUGAGUUAUGACCAGAUGCAGUGGUUUAAAUGCGAAAAGUGCGAUUAUGAAGGGUCGGAUCGGUUGUAUUUGAGGAGACAUAUAAAGGCGAAUCAUCCGGAGGUGAUACAGAAGGAGCUCGAUGAUAUUUCAGAGAAACAGCUCGAGUGUAAGAUAUGUGGGGUUAAAAUGUUUAGCAAGUCGAAGUUUCUGGAACACUUCAGGUGGAGCAAAGACUGUUAUUUUUGAUGGAUUUUUAACGUGCCUUUUGGUAUUGUUUUUUUAAAUAUUUAUUGAUACGUUUAUAUUUGGAUGUACAAAUUCGUUUUUAAGUGCACUUACGGACAUUUUUUAUUGAAUAAACAUUUUUUACGUCAGAA